GAGUGCUGAGGCAAGCACACUGUUCCUCAUGUUCCCAGUAAAUUUCAUUAGUUGGAACUAUGGAUCUUAAAAGUACCUUCUGUGUGGAUUACACAGGAUCAGUGCUUCAGAAACUAAUCUAUAUCGUUCUGAUGAUACUCUGCCACAAGAUAAACAGUCACCUGGCCAUAGAACUGGAAUAUAAAGUGCGAGAGAAUGAAAAUGAAGGAGUUUUUAUUGGAAACAUAGCCACAGAUAUACUUUUGACAUCAGUUACUACCUGUGAUUCACUGGCUUACAAAUUCAUGAAAGAAAUGGAUUAUGUGAUUCUCAGGCAUGAGAGUGGAGAGCUAUAUACAACCAAGCAGAGAAUCGACAGAGAAACCUUAUGUCCAGUCGAAUUCCGUGGUGAUCCUUGUGUCCAAGAAGUCAAUGUGGUUAUUCUAUGUGCUGAUCAGUAUCUGCAAAUGGUGAAAGUUAAGAUAGUCAUCCUGGAUGUCAAUGAUAAUGCACCGUAUUUUGCAGAACAAGUGAUGAAACUUUCUAUUCCAGAAGAUGCAGCUGCAGGUACAUCGUUUGGAAUUGACUAUUAUGCAACUGACAAUGACACUGGAGAGAACAGCAUUAAACAUUAUUAUCUUGAAAAUAGCCAAAAUAUUUUCAGCUUGAAUGAUGGUGAAACACCCUCCAUUGUUGUCCAUCAACCAUUAGACAGGGAGGUGAAGGACUUGUAUGAAAUGAAAAUUGUGGCUGUGGAUGGCGGUGUACCCCCUUUAUCUGGAACAGCCACACUUCUGAUCAACAUUCAAGACAUUAAUGAUAACUGCCCCAUUUUUAAUGUAUCAGAAUUUGAUAUUCAGAUCCCUGAAAACAUGUCCUCCAAUAGUGUAGUGACGCAGCUACAUGCCUUUGAUGCAGAUCUAGGCCCCAAUGCUGAAAUCAGCUAUUCUUAUGGCAAUCGAGUUCAGGAGAUAUCCAAGAAACUAUUUACCUUACAUAGUGACACUGGGCUUAUCACGUUUUCUGGAAAUAAAAAUCCAGAGAUAUCUCCUAUACAUAAACUCACAGUAUUAGCUAAUGGUCCAGGCUGUGCCCCAGCUAUAGUUCAAAUUACAGUGUCUGUCAUGCACAGCAGCAAAUACAGUCCAAAGUUGGAGAUCAGCUAUAUAGCUAACCAGGCAGAUGGUGUGAUUUACCUGAAAGAGACUGCACCUGAUAAUACCCCAAUUGCUCUCCUCGAGGUAACUGACCCAGAUCAUUAUUUAAAAGGGACAAUCUAUAUCAGCGGCAAUGUGCCUUUCUAUUUAAAACCCUACGAAAGGUCAAGAAAUAAGCAUCUUGUAGUCACAUCACAGCUUUUAGACCAUGAGCUUGAAAACCAAUAUAAGAUUGUAAUUAAGGCAGAAGAUCCUCACAGUCUUCAUGAACUAACAAUACAUGUUAAGAUUACUGAUGAAAAUGACAACUCCCCAGAAUUUUGCCAAAGCUCCUUCGAGGCUUCCAUUGAAGAAAACAAUAUACCAGGAGCUUUUUUACUGAAGAUCUCAGCAACAGAUGCUGACAGCGGCCAGAAUGGGAAAGUGACUUACCACUUGGGACCUGAUGCUUUACCCAUCUUUUCAAUUGAACAAAUCACGGGAAAUUUAAUAGUGUCCACCGCUUUGGACAGGGAAAAAGACAAACUGUAUAGGUUUUCUGUUUCUGCUGUUGACCAUGGAAUUCCUCCCAGAAAGAGAAGCACUAUUGUAAUCAUUCAUGUCUUGGACCAGAAUGAUAACACACCCUCCUUCCUCACCAAUGACUAUACAUUCUUUAUUCCAGAAAACUUCCCGAGACAUGGUGAAAUUGGAGUCAUCAAUGUAACAGAUUUAGACGAAGGGGCUAAUGGUAAUGUUACUGUGUCCAUCCUGAAUAGUAGUAGCCAUUUUUUAAUGGACAACACCAGAGGGAUAUUACGUUGCAAUUCUUCAGUCGAUCGAGAGAAACAUACCAUGCAUGUAUUCUGGGUUGAGGCUGUGGAUGGUGGGAGAUCACCUCUCUCCGCAACAGCAAAAAUAACUGUAUUUGUUUUGGACAUAAAUGAUAAUCCUCCAACUGUAUUACUUCCUCAGUCAAACAUAUCAUGGCUUCUUGUGCCCCCUAACACACCCCAAGGAACCGCAGUGGCUGAGAUUUAUGCCAUUGACUAUGAUGCUGGUAUUAAUGCCGUCAUGACUUACACUAUUGUUGGGAGGAAUGGUCCUGCUCCUCAUGUGUUUGGAAUUAAUACAGCGACAGGAAAUAUUACAUUGCAAGAGAAACUGUUGAGCAAAGACUAUGGUUUGUAUCAACUACUCGUAAAAGUCAGUGAUCUUGGGCAACCCCAGCCUCUCCAUUCCACAGUCAUGGUCAAUUUGUUUGUCAAUGAGACUGUGAGUAAUAAAAGUUACUUGGAAGACUUGUUGCACAGACGAACUGUUUUCACAGAAGAAAUGCAAACUGAACCAAAUCCAUGCCCAUUGUUACAGACAUUAGACAUCCCCUGUUCACCUCCAAUCAUUCCCAUUGCAAUCACAAUGAUCAUUGUCUCUAUUAUUUUCUUUACCAUUUCUCUUUGUAUGCUUCUAAGCAUGAGAAAGAAAAGCAAAAAAAAAGAACUUUACAUAGAUGCCAAGAUACCAUUAAAAAUAAAUCUUGACUAUUAUACAAAAGACUGGAAUGAUGAACAGUUGUAGAACUCAAAAACUUGUUCAAGAAAACACAGGAAAGACUGCAGUAAACAUAUGAAGAAUGACUUUGUAGUUUACUUAAAAUAAUAAACUGCAUUUCAAGGACAUUUUUAUCUUUCUUAAAUAUAUAUGUAUAUAUAUAUUUAUAACAUUUUGUCAUAAAAUUAUGUGCUAACAAAACCAUGAAUACGUACUACUGAGAAAUCUGGCAUACAUAGGAACCUGGGGUAGCCUAGCACUUUUCUUGAUGUCAUUUUUCUUAUAAAAUGUUACAGGAGAAUUCAGCACAAAACUAAAGAACUAUUAACUUGGUUUGUUAAACUAUUGGAGCUAACUUUCUUCAUCAUGGACUGAACAUUCUGUGAAAGACACGUUUCUUACAGUGCUCAUUUGUUUCCUUCAUAUCUUAUCAGUGUGCCAAAACCAAGUUUGUAUUUCGAAGCUUCUGUUAAAUUACGUUUAGACAGCCAUUUUUGUAUUGCAAAAGUGGUCCAGUUUGUAGUUCACAACAGCAACAACAGUUGAAUUUUCAAUAGUCUAGAGUUACUGUUUAUAAUUCAGAGGGAUGCUUUAAUUUGGGUUUCUGAAAGUUUGAUUUAUUCAAUCCUUGCCUGCAAUCCAAUCCAAAACAUGACAAUGUAUUAAUGGAGAAUGGGGCACAAUUGGAUGCUGUGGGCUAUGAUCUAUCACAGUUUCAAUUUACCGUUGAUUUCGCCCAUCACCCAAAGGAACACUUCUCUGCUGCCCCUUCUCAACUAACCAGUCGUGAGUAUCAAGAAAUGGGAAGGGCUACGAUCGCUAGUUGUCCUCCUCUCUGCCCUAGUUAAUGCCACUUGCUUGAAUCAAAAUAUAACAGGUGCCAACAGACCAGAGGUAGUGGCUAUAAUAGAUCUAAGGUCGAGAACUGAAGGAAAGGACGUACAAGUCCCAAGGGAUAAUUUUAAAAUCAAAUACUGUUUGUGAAAAAUUAGUAUUUCAGGUCCAGACUCAAUACCCCUCAAUUUCUGUCUAUUCCCAGUUUUAAUAAAUUGAAUCUUAUCAUACACAUGGAAGCAUUUUUGGAAGUGUUUGGUAACUAAGGAUAACAAUUUAUCAUUCAUCAAGUACCUGCUUCACAGCAGGCGCUCCACCUUAACUACUCUCCAUGCCCCUCUGAGGUCAAAGCCUAGCACAUGCCUCCCUGUGACACGCCAGAAGACCAGUGAGAGCUGAUGUAGUUGCAUCCCAUCUGCACCCUAGAGUUACAAGUUUCAAAGUGCUACAGCUGUGGCUGGAGGCGACCUCGUGUGGGAGAUUUCCCUUCACAAUGUUUACCUGGCAGCUGUGGCCGCUGUUCAUUUUUAAGCAUUCUAAAGUCUUCAAAGGACACCUCCAUUUUGACAUGCUCUCACACUUACCUAUCAAUAAUGGCAAAACCCACACUCUCUCUCAAUGCGAGCUGCCAGCCAUCUGAGUCUUUGGACCUCGAGUUAGUCUCCCUAUCUGAGCAGCCCACCCAUCAUUCUGAAUUGGAUGGGGCUCAAGCAACCUCCAAGAGGAUUGUGCAGACGGGCUUACCUCAGAAAUCAUCAGGCCAAGGUCCCAGGAGCAAUCCGUGCCCACAUUUAAGAAAUGCAGUAAAAUUUCGCCAUCGUCAGCUGGACAGGAGGAGAAUGACCUCCUCUGUUCUCAACUGAAGGGUCGACCACCGAAAGCAUUUUAAGGAGCCUCAAAGACUCCAUUCAAUUCUGCUUUCUAUUUUGAACACAUCAGCCAGUUUUCCUGGGCCUCUGCAAAACCAUGGAGCACUGCUUGAAGGAAUGAGCUUCCUCCCAGCCAAAUUGACAAUCCUGUAAACACCGUUGGUCCCCUGCCUAUCUGACACUGUGACCACACACUCCACACCUCCUUGAUCUCCCACUGACUGACUGCUCUCUCCCCAUGGCUCAUGAUCUGUCUACACUCCCAACCCCCAAAAUCAUUGAUCGCACUCCACUAGCAAGACUUAUCGCCCCUGCAUCUAUGUUCCUAGAUAGUUACCUAUGUUGGCAGUUCCUUUAUAAAGGACAUUCCACACUCAGCUGUGUUGACCUCUCCCUACAUAUGGAUUCCUACACACACAUGUAGGUUGUGUCAUACAUUAAGAUCCUUACCCCCUCGUCUGAUUCAACCUGUCCCCAUAUAUAAAUCCUGACGCAACACCCUUGACACCUAACUAGCUGUAACUUCCAUAACCUUUGGGGAUUCUUCAAGUGAUGCAGUGACAGUCCCACCGGGAUUCUGCAGUUGGGCAUUGGUCAAAUAGAAAUCCUUUUAGAAGGCUAGCAAGCAUAAGCAUAAGCUGCACCCCAACCCCCGCGCCAAAAAACUAAAUGUGUUGGGCUGAGCUGAAGGGACAAGUGGAAGUUCAUGACUGUCCAGAAGAGAUAAAUCCAGCCCAGAUGAAUUCUCUGCUUUACUAUAAUAAAGCAGGAAACACCAUCACUUCAAAGAGUGUUUUCUUAUAUGAUGAACCAAUGCCUCUAUCUUCAAUAUUUAGUUCCGUUUUGAUUGGAUACUUUGAUUUUUAUGUGUAAAUGCAUGGACUGAUGGGAAUUCCCCCAUCACACUAUCAUCCAUAUUAUGUAAGACUCAAGAACUUUUUCAAGCAACAGUUUGAUCCAUGAGUGCCUCCACAUUAAAAAAAUAACUUUGAAUAGCAGCAGUGUUACAACAGUGCUCCCACAUGCUCAACAAAUUAUGGAGAAAUACUUAAGUCUUUCAGAAAGAUUUAUAAUCACUGUGGUCAAAUAAAGCAUUCUUUUAUUGAUUUUUAUUGAGAUGGUUUUUGGAUUUUAUUCUGACAGCCAAAAUACAAAUGCAAGAAUAAGAUCUGCAGUUGAUAUUUUUGACGGGGCAGUGAAUAUUGACAUUACAUUUUGACAAAGAAUUACAACUGCAGUAAAGCAGAAGUACAGCUAAAUCUGGAAGUCCUUGAUAUGUAUAGUCUGACUGCUGCCAUUUUUGAUAGGAGAGAACCCAAGCAGUGUUAUAUUGGGUUUCAAUGGGGAAGGUUUGUGCGUUGGAUAGACCAUCUCAUGUUCUAGGUUGUUGAGUUGCUGGCCGAGUUGGCUUGAUCUCAUUCAGACGUUUCAUCACCAUGCUAGGUGUCAUCAUAAGUGGAGCCUCUGAUGAAGAGGUGUUAUUCUACUGAUUGCAGAAGCAAUGAUGCGAAGAUCAGAACACACCAUCCUCCCCCCGCAUUCAACCUAAACUUCGGUACAUAGAUCCGGUACGUAGUCAACACAUUUGUGAUUAUUAAACGCAACAAAUUAGAAGAGACCCACCACCUCAUCAACAGCGUAUUCACAGGGAUUAAGUUCACAAGG